CGCGGUUGGACCGUGGUUCUGCGUGUGAACUGAUGGGCCGAAAUUUGGGUUGUGGCCUUGUGGGCCAUAAGGCCCAUAACGGAAAGCAGAAAAUGACAAAACCAAACGACCUCGCGGCCCAACCUUGUCACGUGUUUUCCAUAACCAAAGACUUUUUACCUUCUUCUUCCUCUGCUAUGGAGGAAGAGGUGGAAGUUUCGGAGCAAGGCGGAGAGGUUGGCGAACAUGGCGGGAUCCGAGCGUUUGAUUGGGAAGAAGGAAGGGAGAAAGCAGCUGCAUUUGGCAGUCAGCAAAGAAAAUAUCUGAGUGAUGGUGGAGAUAUUGCUCCAUUAUGGGUGCGGUCCCCACUGUUUUUGAUGAUCACACACGUUCAGCUGAAUCACCUCUGGAUGUUGCGGGCAGCAGGCACGAAAGGUUAUGCGAAAGUCGCCGGGAGAAAAACUAAAAACGGCGGCGAGGCGAGGUUAAGCACAGUGUCUCCAGUUACGUCUGGGUAGAUAAUCAAGGCGUUGGUUGAUAAAGGGGCCACCAUUAUAACAGCCAGAGUAAGAGAGGCGCGACGGCUCCGCACAUGGCGGAGACUAUGGGCUACACUGACAUCUCCCAGUUCCUUAUACAGAAAUGAACCGUACCCUCCAUG